AACAACGUUUCGUGGAACAGAGUCCCCAAGGCAGGGGGUAUAUAAAGGCCACAUUCCCCAGCACACUCUCCCAGCAAUUCAGACCAACCCUCCUACCCAAGUCCGAACCAAACCAUCCCAGAAAACAUUAAAAUGAAGCUCACCACAAUCCUCCUCCCCCUCAUCACCACGGCCACGGCCACAACCACCUGCUACUCGGGCGCGCCCACCAGCGAAGGCACCAACUGCCUGAGCAAGCUGGCGAUCAAGAACUUCUGGUCGCUGCAGUACUGCAAUUACCGGUGGAACGUCAACUACGGGGACUGGGACAAGUGGAUCAGCAACAACGCCAGCCACGUGGAGCGCGGCCGGGUGGCCAAGACGGGGGUGUUCGGGGGCAUGGAGGAGUGCCUGGAUGCGUUCAAGGAGGUCGUCGAGCCGUGCUACGACACCGCGCAGGGGGCGUACCUGACGACAGCGAAUGUGAGCCUGGAGGUGAAUUGGUGUCAGUGGUGAUUUCUUCCCUUUCCUCCCUCUCUCUCUUAAGGAGGGGUAUGGGUUGGGAUUUCAGGGGGGCGAACGGAAGUUUGUGGGGUGGUGGUGUUUGUUGAUAGUCGAGGGGAAUGGGAUAUAGUUAUGAAGGUCAUGAAGCUUGAUGUGAUGUGAACGCAGUAUACAACAACGGGUUACUUGUGAGAGGUCAACAGUGUCAUGGACGUGGUAUAAGAUACACCCCCUACUAAAUACACACCACAAUGAACUUAUAUACAACUCCCC